UUUCCUUAUGGUUUAUUUAAUGGAAUAUGUCACUUUCAGUCCGUGGUCAAAAUUAAAAGGUUCGCAAAAUGUUGCCAAAAUUGUUAUAUUCAUUUGCUUUAAUUGCUAUAACGUUAGCAGCAAACAAACCUCAUAUAGUUUUUAUAGUUGCUGAUGAUUUGGGUAGAAAUGACGUAAGUUUCCACGGAUCUGAUCAAAUAAUGACGCCCAACAUUGAUAUUAUCGGGUACGAAGGCAUCAUAAUAGAGCAGUAUUACACGGACGCUGAAGGAACGGCGUCUCGAAGCGCUCUUUUUACUGGAAAAUACUCCAUGCGACUGGGCAUGCAAGGCGUUUCAAUAUCAGUCGCUGAGGAUCGCGGCGUACCCGUCUCGGAGCGUCUCUUACCGUCUUAUUUACAAGAAUUGGGAUACACUACCCAUUUAGUUGGCAAGUGGCAACUCGGAAAUUCAAGGGAGGAUUAUUUUCCAACAAAAAGAGGUUUUGACACAUUCCGCGGUUUUGUUAGUGGGGGCAUUGAUUACAACAAUUAUUAUCACGUGGAGAGAGUUAACGACACAGAAUAUUUCGGUUUGGACUUCUUCAAUAACUUGGAACCAUUUGAAAAGGAAAAGGGCUAUCUUACGGAUGUUCUUACAAAUCACGCCGUACAAAUAAUAAGGGACCACGAUACCUCGACACCAUUAUAUCUACACGUAGCUCAUGCUGCGCCUCAUGUUGGUGGUGGUUCGGUGAACCUCCAAGCAACAGAAGAUUCUCUUGAGGAAAAUAUUCAUAUAGCACAUCCUGCUCGGAAACUAUAUGCAGGUAUGGUGACUUCUUUGGACAGAAGCAUCGGUCGUAUCGUUGCCGCUUUAGCUGAAAGAGAGAUGUUGGACUCGACAAUACUCAUAUUCAUUUCUGAUAAUGGCGCUGCAUCUACUGGGGAUUUUAAAAAUUAUGGAUCAAAUUAUCCUCUACGUGGAACUAAAGGUACACCGUGGGAAGGGGCUGUUAAAUCUACCGCAAUAGUAUGGCAAAAUUCUAUGAUACCACAAAUUUGGCCAGGAUUAUUCCAUGUUACUGACUGGUUACCUACACUGGUAGCGGCUGCUGGUGGCAACAUUAUCCAAGAAAUUGACGGUAUUAACCAAUGGAACGCGCUUAUCAGUGAUGAGAUUCCGAAACGCACUAGUGCCUUGAUUACAAUCGAUGAUCUGAACGGAUGGGCUGCUUAUAGGGACGGAGACUUUAAAUUAAUUAUUGGAGAUGUAGAUGCAGAUAAAAGUGAUUAUUACGGAGAAUUAUGGACUAGUUUACGAAAACCGCCACCUUCAUACGAAAGAGCGUUGUUGAAUUCAGAAACCGCUCAAGUAUUUAGAGAAAUCUUAGACAUAUAUUUAGAUGUAGAUGCAGCAAUCAGGAAAAGAAAUGAAUUAAAUUCGCAUAUGCUUCAAAGAAGAAAAUUAUCUUCAGGAAUAUGCAAACCUACGAACGAAAAAGGGUGUCUUUUUAACAUAACAGAAGAUCCGUUCGAAUCUCAAGAUUUGUGGUUGCAAGCUCCGGAAAUUGUGCGUUACAUGGUGCUAAGGAUCCGAUACUAUUGGUCGCAACUCAAUCCAAGACGGCAACCGAAAUUUGACCACCGAUCUAACCCUGCUCUUCGCGAGUACGUAUGGCUUCCCUGGGUUAAAAAUAAUAAGACUGUAUCCGAAGAACUUGUUCAAUCACCACAGUUUCCACUUAUAGUGUCAGUAGGGGAGCUACAGUACUUAGUCGAUUACAAUUUAAAUAUGUUUAGUGAUAAAGUCAGCGCCUAUAUAAAAGGUUUGGCUGCUACAUUUAUGGACAACAUGAGUGGUUUGUUUUUGUUUUAAAUUAAGAAUAACUUUUUAUUAACUGAGUAGAAAUAAAUGUUUACUAUUAACUGCUUUGUUUGUAAAAAGAAGGACUGCGGAAUUUAUAAUCUCACAAAGACCUGGUCUUAGCUUUAAGGGAAUUAUACAAUCAAUAAUAUUGUGCUCCGGAUGUCUAAAGAAAAAAAUAUUUUUAUAAAACAAAUAAAAUGUUUGCCAUAUAACAACUUUUUAUUUGUCAUUAAGCCAUUUGCUACGAGAUGUCCUUCCAGUUUUUCAAAAAAAAAUCUAGAUCUUAAUACAUUAACCACUUAACACUGUAGUGGUGUAGUGUAGUAGUGGUAUAAGAUGAUUAAGUGAAAUAGUGUUUAUGGGCAGUUUAAAUAACGACCUUGAUUGCUUGAACGGUCAGAAAUAACAAAUUUUAUGAAGCGAUGAAAUAUUUUGUCGUCGGUUGGCCGGGCGUCCUUUGAUCAAGGCGUGCACUAAAAAGGAAAAUUGGUCAGCUUUUCGGGCCUGCGCGCUCCGAAGCAUCCAUUAUAUUAUUAGACUUACAAAAUAUGUUGCGGAUAUUAUCUAAUAUAUAAAUAAAAAUUCACUGUUGCUAAAUAGACACAUAUCCGAGGUUAAUACGGUAUGUGCUGCACCAUUGCAUUUUUCAAUAUCCGCAUUUGAUACGUCGCGUUCGAAAUUAAAGUAAACAGUUUAAAAACAAAACCAAGAUCAGAUAAAAUGUUUACAUUUAGUUAUAAAAGAUAAACAAAGACGCUUAGUGAUUUUUUAAAUAAAUUAAUAAAGUGAUCGGCUUAUUCUGUUAAUGUUUUAAAAUUUUGUUGUUUCAAUAAAAGCAAGGAGCAUUAUUGAAAAGCUUAGUAAACGCUGCGAAUCGAACCAGUAUAGCCGUAAUAAAUCUUUUAAAUCGUAGCGCCUUCUAAUCUAACGCUUCAAGUCGACAAGAAAUAUAGUAGUCUUCAACGAUUUGUACAGCACUCCGCUCACUCAUGAUUGUGAUUCCAAUGUUUGAUGAGUUCAAGUUUUAGAUUGAAUUCAUUCUUGCGUUAAGAGUUAUGACUUGAUGUUUUUUAUAUCUGGAAUUUAAAUUAAAAAAGGAAUUGAAUUGUUUUAUUGGAAGUAUUUCAUUUUACCAUUUACUAGAUUUUGCUCGUGUCUUGGGAGUUAACGUUCAUUUCCAGGAUAAAAGUAGCCUAUAGCACUCAGGGGUAACGUAGCUUUCUAUUAGUGAAAGAUUUUUUUUAAUCGGCUUAGUAGUUCUUGAGUUUAUAGAUAACAAACACAUAUACAAGAAAUCAAUCUGUUCUCGUUAUGAUAUUAGUUUAAGCUGUACAUUAUUGCUUAAGAUAAU